AACUCACUUCGCACUUCACACUUUUCCCGACAACUGAUACAAAUAAAACAUAAAAAGAGUUUAAUUUAAUUGCUGAAACAAGUUUUUUUUAAUUGAAAAUUUAGUCAAACUAUAAUUUACUAGCAGACUACAGGCAUAGGUACCGAGAUCCAUUUGGGAGUUAUUUUUGCUGCCUUUGACAGUACUGGAACCUUUAACUUCCAGGUGCAGCCAAAAUGUGUCGAAUCAAUGCGGCAUCAUUUGUGUGCUUUGUCCUGAUCGUCAACGUCUUUGGGAUAAGUUCCUGUGACGAAGAAUAUGAAGAGUCGCUUCGGAUUCGUAGAUUGUCAAGCGGUCACGUUCACGUUUGGAUGGAAUUUGUUAUCGGAAGAAGCCCCUCCUCUAAUAUUAAUCACACCUCCGUGUUUCCUCGAGCACUCUCAGAAAUUUUGACAGCUCACAGUGUCGAAGAGCUCCAUGUGAGUCUGACUCAGGGCCAUUGGCAACUAGAAUCGUGGGGGGAUCCUCAUCCAGCCCAAGUAGCCCCAACAGGGGCUCAUGUCAUCGCUUGGUUUUCCAGUAGUUCUUCAGAGUCAAAGGAUGUAGAUGCAAAUUGGCGAGGUUUGACUAACAGACUGAGUGGAUUAACUUGUGCUUCAUUGAAUUUCUUGGACGAGACAACGUCAACCGAGCCAAAAUAUGCGUACCGGCCAUUGGGAAAAUUAACACCGAAACAGGUUCAUGUUCGUGUUGGCUCAUUACCAAGAGAGUUCAUUUGUACAGAGAAUCUAACACCUUGGACAAAGCUUCUCCCGUGCGGCAUUAUGAGAGGGGUUGCCUCCUUGUUGAGAACAAAGCAGGUGUUCAACACCCAUUAUCACUCUGCCCAUAUUGGAUACGUCCAAACUGAAUUGUCCAAGCAAUUGAAAUUAAGUUUGUCCCUAGUCUUUGAUAGUCCAUCGUCCUUGGGACAGAAUGAUAAUUUUGUGAAGAAUGUAAUUGGAUCAAUGGCAAUUUUCCCAUGUCAUGCUUCCAAGAAAACAACGAUCAAGCUUUGGGAAAAUAAUAAAUGGAAGUCUAUUAAUCAAGAAGACUUAAAUAAUCUGAAAAUAAAAGACGUGGUAGAAGAUACAUCAGAUAACAAGAAUCUAGUGUUUACGCCAAUGAAGUACAUGGGAGGGUAUGGUCAAGAAUACGGAAAAAUGGUUGUCGAAAUGACCAAUCAUUUAAAGGACGAGUUUCUGUCUGUGCUAUAUGUUGAAGUUUUACCUUGGUAUAUCCGACCGUAUCUCCAUACAAUGUCCAUUCAAGUUGUUCGUGGUCAACAAAAGCUUCCAGUCCCGCCAGGGGCUUACUUUCACUACACACCUGGAAUUGAUCGUAAGACACUGCACAAAUUAGAAAUGGAUGUCCAGAUUCCACCAGCAUCAAAGGUCACCUUGAGUUUCAUGGUUGAAAAGGGACACCUCAAAUGGGACGAAUAUCCUCCAGAUGCAAAUCAUGGAUUUUAUUUGGAGGCUGCUCAUUUUGAAGUAAAUUAUACAAAAAAUGAUACCCCCAAAACGCGUCACUACUACUCACGGGUAUUGCUCAUCAACCUCUCCACUCCUGAUUUCUCGAUGCCGUACAAUGUGAUAUGCUUAACCUGUACUGUGGUUGCUUUGGCAUUUGGACCUAUUCACAACAUAACUACAAAACGUCUUCAACUCAAAGAAAUUACUGGCAAAGCUGACAAAUUGAAAAUAUUUUGGAGAAAGAUAUGGAAGAAAACUAGAGGAGUUUCAAAAGAAGAUGUAGGUGUAGAAGUGGAUAAUAAUUCAGAAAAAACUGAUUUACGAGGAACAACAUCAUCUUCUAGUAGUCGUUAAGUCUAGUCUCUCCGUUUUUAACAAGUAUACAAAUUACAUUGAUUGAUAUGUUUUGUAUUGAUUUAUGUAUUCUCUCUUCUUAUUCUUUGUGCCAAGUAUUAAUUAUGACAUUCAUUUGUCAAUGUUAUUUAUUUGUUUUACACCCUGAUAAAUAUGUAUACAAUUAAUAAAUUUUCUAAAUAUUGUCAUAAAAUA